GAACAUGCGCCGCGACCUUAGUAGUCAAGGGAACGCGUCCCUUCGUUUCAGGACACGUGACUCGCUUGAGGGUGAGAGGUCAGGCGGCCAUCUUGUGCUGGGCCCGGGGCCCCCACGGAGAGACAUGGCGUCAUUUACCGAGCCGGCCCUGGAAAAGAAAUUGUCCGAGUUGAGCAACUCCCAGCAGAGCGUCCAGACUCUGUCCCUGUGGCUGAUCCAUCACCGGAAACACGCAGCCACUAUCGUGGGCGUCUGGCAGCGGGAGCUGCGGAAAGCCAAAUCAAGCCGGAAGCUGACUUUCCUAUACUUGGCCAAUGAUGUCAUCCAGAACAGUAAGCGCAAGGGACCAGAAUUUACACGGGAAUUUGAGAAUGUACUGCUGGACGCCUUUUCACACGUGUCCAGUGAGGCAGACGAUGGCUGCCGGAAACCAUUGGAGAGGCUGCUACACAUCUGGCAGGAGCGUAGCGUCUACUCCGGCGACUUCGUCCAGCAAAUCAGACUGGCAAUCGAUGGAGAUGACAGCCCUAGGGAACCUCCAGUGACAGAAGAGAAGAUAUCAUUGAAACGUGGUUUCCAGCAGAUCCAAGACGAGGACGAUGAUUAUCCGGGCAGUUACUCCCCGCAGGACACUUCUACUGGUCCUCUCCUGACGGAGGAUCUUAUUAAAGCACUGCAGGAUCUGGAGAAUGCUGCCUCAGGUGAUGCUGCUGUAAGGCAGAAAAUUGCGUCCCUUCCACAGGAGGUUCAGGAUGUGUCCUUGCUGGAGAAGAUUACAGACAAAGAAGCGGCAGAACGUCUUUCAAAGACUGUGGAUGAGGCAUGCCUCCUGCUAGCAGAGUAUAAUGGGCGGCUAGCAGCGGAACUGGAUGAUCGCAGGCAGCUGGCACGGAUGCUAAUGGAGUACACACAGAGCCAAAAAGAGGCUCUGAGUAACAAAGAGAAGAAACUGGAGGAAUACAAGCAGAAGCUAGCUCGUGUAACGCAGGUACGGAAGGAGCUGAAGUCUCACAUUCAGAGUCUGCCAGACCUCUCGCUGCUUCCCAAUGUCACAGGGGGGUUGGCACCGCUCCCUUCUGCUGGGGAUCUCUUCUCCACUGAUUAGGACCAAUCCCAUGUUUGGGUGACCUCUUUAUCCAACUACACCAUCAGCAUACACUAGCACAGGAGGCGGAGUGGAGUACAACAUAGCUCAGAAAGACUGGAACUUUAUCCUCUCUGUGCAAAAUAAUGAUGAUUCUACUGCACCCAACAUUGUAGCAGUGUACUAGUAUUGGCAACCCAUUCCCCUUCCCCCCUCUCUUCCUGGCUCACACGUAGUGUCCGCUGCUGAUGGACGAAGCCGCGAGGGCAGUUGCUGGGGUUCAUCAUCUUCCCUGUGUUGUGUUUUCUUUUUUCUUAUUCUUAUUUUUUUUUUAAAUUAGAGAGACUUGUUUAUGGAGCGUGUGCACAGAUUCUGCUUGUUUACCAGCUUUCUCUGGCAGCCUAUCUUUCCUGUUCCGUUCAAGAGAUGGGGAAAUGAAUUUGUGUUCAGAGGCAGCAUGGCUAGUUGUCCUGUAAUGUGCUGCUGGACAGGAGUAAUACACAAUAUAGUGUGUGUCAUUUCAGAACAA